GAGGUUAAGCCGUGUCCCGGUGGGCUGAAACCCCGGAGCUUCAUGGGAUGCCUUAUAAAGCGCGCUCCGCCGGCCCGGCAGCGGCUCCGGGAGCUCCCGGUACGGGAGGAGCCGCCGCCGCCGCCGCCGCCGCGCACGGACCAGCCGGUGCCCCGGAGCCGCCGCGCUAUGGAGCCUCCGGGCACGGCCGGGGCGCCGGGCGCGGCGGGGCAGCCGUGGGACGAGGCCAAGGCUUUCUACGACAACCUCGCCCCCAAGAAGAAGCCUAAAUCGCCAAAGCCCGAGAACGCCAUCACCAUCGCAGUGUCAUCGCGAGCGCUUUUCCGCAUGGAGGAGGAGCAGAAGAUUUACAACGAGCAAGGGGUAGAGGCCUACGUGAAAUACCAGCUGGACCAUGAGAAUGAGCCCUUCCUCCCUGGGCCCGCCUUCCCCUUCGUCAAGGCGCUGGAGGCAGUGAACACGCAGCUGCGCGAGCUCUACCCCGACAGUGAGGAGCUCUUCGACAUCGUCCUCAUGACCAACAACCAUGCCCAGGUUGGGGUUCGCUUGAUCAACAGCAUCAACCACUAUGAUCUGUUCAUCGAGAGGUUCUGCAUGACGGGAGGGAACAGCCCCAUCUGUUACCUCAAGGCCUAUCACACCAACCUCUACCUCUCCUCCGACGCAGAGAAAGUGAGUGGGGCCAUUGAAGAGGGGAUCGCUGCAGCCACCAUCUUCAGCCCCAGCAAAGACCUGGAGGUGUCGGAGAACCAGCUGCGGGUGGCAUUUGAUGGUGAUGCUGUGCUCUUCUCUGAUGAGUCAGAGCAGAUCGUGAAGGCUCACGGCUUGGACAUGUUCUUUGAGCAUGAAAAGGCUCAUGAGAACAAGCCUCUGGCACAGGGACCCCUGAAGGGCUUCCUGGAGGCCCUGGGGAAGCUGCAGAAGAAGUUCUAUUCCAAGGGGCUGAGGAUGGAGUGUCCCAUUCGCACCUACCUGGUCACUGCCAGGAGCGCGGCCAGCUCAGGAGCCCGGGCCCUAAAGACUCUGCGCAGCUGGGGCCUGGAGACAGAUGAAGCUUUGUUCCUGGCCGGGGCUCCCAAGGGGCCGCUGCUGAAGAAGAUCCGUCCCCACAUCUUCUUCGACGACCAGAUGUUUCACGUGGAGGGAGCCAAGGAGAUGGGCACUGUCGCUGCCCACGUCCCCUACGGCAUCGCCCAGAAGCACAAGCGGCUGGCGCAGGAGAAGCAAACCCCGAACAGCAAGUAGCGGAGCUGGCUGGUCCCGUGGCCCCCGGCGUGCGGCACAGACUUCACCCUGUGCACCCUGCUCUGACCUGAGCUGUGGUCUGCGAGGCAGAGAGCGUUUGCCCUGGCAAGUGCGAGGUUAUUCCCCAGUGGGAACCUUGUUGGGGGCAUGGAUGGAGGAGGGGGCUGACGAAAGGCUUUCUUUCGCCCCUGUAUUCGUUGCAAUGUCUUGGCGUUGUCCCCGUUCCUCGUGGGGCCGGAGGCUCCCCUGCGCUGGGCAGCCCCACCAGCCGUGCCCCCACCUUGUCUUCGCUCUGCCUUUGCUUCAGGCAAAAUCCCUCGAGGGUGGAUCUCGCCUUUUGUGGACUGUUUGUGCCAGGCAGGUUUAACCUAUUGGUGUUUCCUUAAAACCCCAGGUAAUUCCCAAAGCCUUUGAUUUACAAAGCAAAUGUUCAGGCCGAACUGUUGAACUGGAAAGUUGGGAGCGCACAAAAACCCUUCUUGCAGCUUUGAAACAAAAUAUUGUCCCUUUUAACUAAAAUCAUAAUAUUGUUCCUUCCCAGCCCCAGUCCCUGUUCCCCAACUGGAAAAUCUUUCAUGUCGUUGUCCUUUCACCAAGAUUUUGUCAGCUGAACAGCUUUCCUUUCACACACUAAAAUUUGGAAAAAUAGAAACAACCACAUAUAUUUAAAAAAACAAAAACAAAAACCAAAACCAACAACCAAACCUGUUUCCUGCUUGGGCCUUUGGGCUAGUGUAUUGUUGGCCCAGGAUUUUAAAUUUGGGUUUCACAGUUGCAUGAGUUAGCACUUAAAAAUAAUAAUCUCAGUGAGGCGUCCAAAGCCCAGCUCUUAUGUGAGCCAUCCAUGGUCCACAGACACAUGCCUAGGGCUUGAAUUAAGUUAAAAGCAGGCCCUAAUAUAUUAGGGACAUCAUUCAAAAUAUAUUUAGGUAAAUCUGCAGAGAAUUUCAGCCUGGGGGGUUAAAUUAAAGGAUUUUUUCUUUUCCCCCCUUUCUAGGCUGAGCCCAUGUGAAUUUAUAAUCUUUUUCUCUUCAGCUUCUUAAAACCUCUGGUGUUUCUUAAAAUAGACACCUCUGCUAGUGAUGCUGUGAGAGAGAACCAAAUCUCUGAUUAAAAAACAGGAAGAGAAAUCAAUUGGAGAGCUGCUCCAAAAUCAGUGUGAAAAUCACACUGACAUUUCUGCACAAAGCCCUGUCCCAAAGGACACGCUUGGGAGAAAAAUGUAAAGAUUACGUCUUUCUUGUGGGUGGUUGGUUGGUUUUUUUUUUCUUUUUUUCUGUUUUUUCAGGCAGUACACCCCAUGGUUGGGCACGAAGGAUGCCCAGUGUUAUCAGAUAGUAGUUUUCUACAAACACCAACUCCAUGGGCUGAAGUUUUACGAGGUACGUUAUCUGCCUCUGGCUUGACUGUGCAGGAGGUUUCAGCUGAAACGGCUCAGCCCUUCCCGACAGCAAGGCUAGAGCUCGAGUUAUCGCACUUUUGAUGAAGAUAAAAACAAGCUAGCGAUGCCUUCAGUGGCUCAGGAGACUCUUUUCUCAUUGCACUAAAUCCUGCACUAGCAGUGUGUCGUGGUUUAGCCCCAGGCAGCAGCCAAGCACCACGCAGCCACUCGCUCACUCCCCCCUGGUGGGACGGGGGAGAGCAAAUUGCACUUUUUUUCCCCCCUGAACUUUCACUUGGACAGACUGUUAUUUGUCACAUCUGGGUGACAAGCACCUUAGAGGAAGGUCUAAAAUCCAAACAAACAAAAGUCUUGAAAGAAAUUAGUGUCUCAGUAACACAUCUAAUAAUAUACAGGUUUAUAAAAAGGUCUCAUCUUUUUAAUGUGAACCCCAGAUUUGGGAUCUGAACUGUAUCUCGGAGACCUUUUGGGCAGCUGGGAGGGGAGGACAGCCUGGCCUCCCAGUAAACAUUUCCAAGGUGUUUCCUGAAGAUCGCAUCGUGAAAGCCCAGCCAAGCCCAGCUUGCAAAUGGGCUGCACGAGGGCCUCCUGCCUGCCCAGGAGGUGACGUUGCAAGAGGAACAGGGCUGUCAGGAAGACCUUGGGAACCCCCGGCCAGGGCAGGGUGCUGGUGGGAUUGGAUACAGGGUGCAAGCACAGCCACUGGGGAUGAGUGCUUGCACCGGGUGCCGUGGGGGAUGCGUGCUUUGGAUGAGGGGUGUUGGCAGGGCUGGGCUGUGCAGGAGGAGAUGCCCUGUCUGAAGGUGCUGCUGGCUUCAGGGAAGCAACAUGUUGUGGCUUUGGGGCAGGGCCCUGGAUCUCAGCAGCUUUCACUGCUGCCUUUCUGGGCCCUGAGAUGCACAGGGAGCUGGGUGCAAGCUGGAGGGCAGGGGCACAGUACUGGCAGGAGUUUUGGUGACUCUGCUUAGGGUUCUCCUGCCAGUGCAGCUUAGGGGCUUGCUGGGAGACAUAGAGCUUGGGAAACAGGCCCCAAGUGAGGUAGACCUCCCUUUGCACCUCCAGAGUCUUUCCUGUGUGGGGAAGGUUUUCCGUUCCUACAACGGCUGCCCUAUUUGCUUUCAUCCAUAUGGCUUCCUACAUUUUUUUUCUCCUCCAUCACAACUGGCAGAAAUGGAUUUAUUGCUUGUGUACUUUCCUUGUGUGCCUAUCCGUCGCAUCCCCUCGGGCUGGGGGAGUGAUGCAGUCCCCAGGACCGGCCACAUGGGCUGGGCUCAUCUCCCACCCUGAUGGGCCAGUGUGGUUGCGCCUCUUGUGCUGUGCUGGCCGACGACUGGACUUUCCCGCUGUGUGUUGUUGCUGUGGGUUUCACUUCAUUGUCCUCCGGCGGUUUCUCUUGUGAAUGGACCGCCAUGUUCAUGAAAUCCCUCUGGGUGUUUUUCUGUAAUAAACUGUGUUG